AUGUUUAUUUCUCGAUAUAUAAUAUAUUCUAGAGAAUUUCCUGUGCGAUCACGAUUCCCGUGUAGUCCUAUCCGAUCCGUAAUGGGUGCAUGUGAGUCAGUCGAUUCGAAAGCAGCUCGUGAAGCUGCAAUGGUUUCAAAAAAAAUCGACAAGGAACUUGAGAGGAAAAACAACGGUAACAUGGAACAAAAACUAUUACUACUAGGUCCCGGUGAAAGUGGAAAAAGCACCUGUUUAAAGCAGCUGAAAAUACUUCACGCAAAUGGUUACUCAGAACAGGAAAUACAGGAGAAAAAAUUUGUUGUUUACAUGAAUAUUGUGCAAGCGAUGGCGGCUCUUCUGGACGCAAUGGAGGUGUUGGGGAUUUCUUUCGACAACAACUCUAUGGAGAUCCACGGGAAACUCGUCCGCAAAGUCUACGCGUCCGGUUGCGAAUUCAUCGAAUGGGGUCCGGAGUUGCGAGCGGCAGUUCGUGAACUUUGGGCUGACAGUGGAGUGAGAAAAGCGUAUUCGAUGAAAAAUUCCUUUCAUAUCAGUGAAAGUGCCGAAUACUUCUUCAAUGAAUUGGAACGUAUUUCUAAGAAAAACUACAAACCAUCACUUCUCGAUAUUCUUCAUACGCGUGUACCUACGUCUGGUGUUGUACAAUUUUAUUUCACCAUGAAGGGUAUCAAUUUUGAAGUUUUUGAUGUUGGUGGACAACGAUCGGAACGGCGAAAAUGGAUACAUUGUUUUGACAACGUUAACGCCGUUAUUUAUGUGGCCGCCAUUAGUGAAUAUGAUCAAGUUUUACGUGAGGAUAACAAAACGCCGGACGUGACGGAACCGGAUACGCUGCCUCGGUCGCCUACAUUAGAAAACGUUUCGAAAAUGCGUUAA